AUGAUGAGCGAACUGGAGUCUAUCUCUAGUAUUAUCACAUCCCCUCUAAAAAAAGAGGUCUUUCACCCUCCAUGUCAUCCUCGCCCCUUGUGCGAAUGAGAUCCCACUUAUGUAACCUCAGAAUGAGGUCAAACUUUUAUCACUCAAUCAAAUUUCUUCAUCAAAAAAAAAAAAAAAAAAACUCUUAACCCUAAACUCUAAACCCUAAACCCUAAAAACCCCCCUUAGUGGGAAAGUUGCCACCGGAUCCCAUAAGAACUCCAGAGUUAAGCGUGCUCGGGUGGGAGCAAUCCCCGGAUGGGUGACCUCCUUGGGAAGUCCCCAGGUACGUGUGCAUACGUUGCAAGACGCUUACUGUGCAUGUGCUGAAAGGCACUGCUGCAUGAUCGUGCUGCCCAACACGUGUUAUGAACCCCUUCGUCACCAUGCUAAGAUACUCCCAGCUCCGAAGAAUGUGCCGAGAGGCCAUCUUGCCACCAUGCUGAGAGGCAUAUGUGGCAUCCAUCUCACUAUGCCAAGACGCCCCUAGUGAAGCUGAGAGGCACCCCUGCCACCACGCCGAGAGGCAUAUAUGUGGCAUCCAUCUCACCAUGCCAAGAUGCCCCCAGCUCCAAAGAAUGUGCCGAGAGGCACCCCUGCCACGAUGUCGAGAGGCACAAGUGGCAUCUAUCUCCAAAGAAUGUGCUUGAGAGGCACCAAAGUGCUUGGGCGUGUGAAGUAUCACGAUGGGUGACCUCUUGAGAAGUUCAGCCCAAGACAGUUAUCAAAAAAAAAAAAAAAAAAAAAAAAAACCUAAACCCUAAAACCCAACCCUCCUUAGUGGGAGAGUUGCCACCGGAUCCCAUAAGAACUCCGAAGUUAAACGUGCUCGGGUGGGAGCAGUCCCUAGAUGGGUGACCUCCUUGAGAAGUCUCCGGGUAUGUGUGCAUGCGUUGCGAGAGACGCUUGUUGUGCAUGUGCUGAAAGGCACCGCUGCAUAAUCGUGCUGCGCUGCCCAGCAUGUGUCAUGAACCCCUCCAUCACCAUGCCAAGAUGGGUGAUGGAGGCAUAUGUGGCAUCCAUCUCACUAUGCCAAGACGCCCCCAGCCACGAUGUCGAGAGGUGCAAAUGGCAUCUAUCUCCAAAGAAUGUGCCUGAGAGGCACCAAAGUGCUUGGACGUGUGAAGUACCGGGAUGGGUGACCUCUUGAGAAGUUCGGCCCAAGACAGUUAUCCAAAAAAAAAAAAAAAAAGCCCUGAACCCUAAACCCUAAGCCCAAAGCCAUAAACCCUAAACCCUAGACUAUUCUUGCAAAAGAUCCCUUUAUGGGCUAUUCUUGCAGGAAGGAAGGAUUUUAGAUGUUGUUGCCCUGAAAAUAGAGAAACUCCGAGGUCAAGCAUGGGUUGUAUUCAGUGAACUUACUGCUGCGAGUACUGCAGUUCGCCAGAUGCAGAACUUUCCUUUUUAUGACAAACUAAUGAGGAUACAGUAUACCAAGAUGAAGUCAGAUUGCAUUGCUAGAGAGGAAGGCACAAAUAAUCCAAAGGAGAAAAGGAAGAAGCAAGAAGAAAAAGCUGAAAAGAAGCGGAAAGCCAAAGAAGUGCAGCAAUCUGGAGCUGCCGACGGCGGUCCUCAUGCUGAGAUUAAUGGGGCUUCUCAAGCAUUCCAAGGGAAGCCUGGCGGCACCCAAGACGCCGUCACCACCCUGAACAACAUCCUCUUCAUCCAGAACCUGCCUCAUGAGACAACAAGCAUGAUGCUCCAGAUCCUCUUCCAGCAGUACCCCAGCUUUAGGGAGGUCCAGAUGAUUGACGCCAAGCCCAGUAUCACCUUUGUUGAAUUUGAGGAUGACGUCCAGUCCUCCAUCGCCAUGCAGUCUCUCCAGGGCUUCAAGAUCACCCCCCACAAUCCCAUGGCCAUCUCCUACGCCAAGAAGUAA